UUUAUUCCCUGGUUCUUUCCUCCUGAACUUUCUCUGUAAUUCGAGUGCCGUUAGUAGCGUAUUUCUUGAAUGUAGGAUGACCUCCUUGUGAUGUAUUUGAUCUUUAAGAACGUCGGACAGUUUGAUAAAGGCAGUAUUUGAUGCCUUGAUCUCUUCUGAAUACCCUUGAGUUUAUGGGAUAUUCGAGAUGUCUUUUCAAGGGAUUAUGUGCCCCUUUUUAUAUAAGUGUGAGCUAGGGUUUAGGGUAGAGUAGCCUCCAAGAAACCCAACGGACCUUUGAAUUGGAAGAUGGACUGGACUCGUCUUGUACAGUUCCAUAAAAUUUCGAUGUCUACACUGAGCUGAUUGUUUAUCCUGUCUGUUCUUCUUGUUUUUUUCUGGGUUUGUUUUAAUUUUACUUUCAAGAGACUAUUUGUUUAUCGAUUCCCCUAAAGUUUCAGUCUUUGACUUGGAUCAUAGUUUGCACCGACUAGGUUUAAAUUCUUUAGAUGCUCAGUUUUCUUAUGGGUCUGUUGUUGUCUUACUACUAUUUGUUAAAAAAAUUAACUUGAUAGGAAUGAAUUAUACUUUGUAUUUGACAAUUUUUCUCAUAGACCAGAGUUGGUUACUUGUCCUUUCUGCCUAGCCUCCCUGUGCGAAGAUCAAUCGGAUAAUUUCAACAACAACAUACCCAGUGUAAUCUCACAAGUGGGGUCUGGGGAGGGUAAGAUGAACCAUGAGUAAGUUGUUUAGAGUAGAAGAAGAGCAGAGAGAACAAGCUGAGAAUGCAAAUGGAAAGCCACCAGUCAAGAAACAAAGUGCAGGAGUUGAUAGUGAUGUGGCAUGUGCGACCCCUAUGAAGGAUCCUUCAGCUGUGGGUAUACAGAGUGCGAAGGAGCUGACAUCUGCAGCUGAGCCACCAGUCGGUAUCCAAGAAGAUUGGGUUGCCUGUGAUAAAUGUCAGAAGUGGCGUCUUCUUCCAUAUGGUACAGAAAUCAAGCAACUACCUGAGAGGUGGCUUUGCAGUAUGUUAAACUGGCUUCCUGGAAUGAACCAUUGUGACAUUAGCGAGGAGGAGACGACAAGAGCUCUGCGUCACCUAAAUAGCCUUCGAGGGACCAUGGAUAAGUUGUCUAAAGUAAAAGAAAAGCAGAGAGAACAAGGUGAGAAUGCAAAUGGAAAGCUACCAGUCAAGAAACAAAGUGCAGGAGAGUUGCGUCUUCGUAAAGUUGAUAGUCACGUGGCAUGUGAGACCCCUAUGAAGGAUCCUUCAACCGUGGGCCUACAGAUUGCAAGGGAGCUGACAUCUGGAGCUAAGCCACCAGUUGCUCCUGUCGGUAUAGUCCAAGAAGAUUGGAUUGCCUGUGAUAAAUGUCAGAAGUGGCGUCUUCUUCCAUAUGGUACAAAAAUCGAGCAACUGCCCAAGAGGUGGCUGUGCAGUAUGUUAAACUGGCUGCCUGGAAUGAACAAUUGUGACAUUAGUGAGGAGGAGACGACAAGAGCUCUGCAUGACCUAAAUAGCCUUCGAAAAAAUGCUGGUACAAGUGGGGCUGGAGUAAUUUCAGCUGAUAUGCAUGCCUACCGGAGGAAAGAAGAAACAUUAGUUAAUUAAGAGAAACACCAACCUAAUUUUCACAGUGAUGAUACUUCUUUGAUUUUUCUAUUAUUUUUUCCGCAGAUAAAGGACCAAUAUUAUUUGAAAUUGCCAAGAAAAAAAAAGAAUCAGGGUGAUAAUGGGAAACUAGUCUUGGUAAAUAUAUUUGAAAUUGCCAAGAAAAAGAAAGUAUCAGGGUGAUGCUGGAAAACUAGUCUUUCUUGGUAAAUAUAUAUGAUAACAAACUUCAAUAUUUUUUACGUGUACAAAUGUAUGAAUAUUAUUUACCAAAAUUAAUUAAUAUAUCUUAUUCAAGUA